AUGUACUCCCGCUCUUUAUCCGCGACCGCGCUGUGGCUCAUCACCCUUGCCUCCGCCGCCCAUGCAUACUUCCACGUUAGCUCGCCGACGAAGGAUAUGCAGUGGGUUAAUGGAAAGACGUAUAUGACGACGUGGUCCAAGGGGGUCAAUGACGGUGUCAUCAUGUUCGACCUCGAGCUCGCGAGAUUAUCCGUCGACGGCCUCAUCCUCAUCGCCCAGAACAUCGACGCGAAACUGGGAUCGCUAAAUAUAAUGCUGAACGACGUGCCGGCAGGGGACGACUACUACCUGCUCUACGUGAACUCCACACACGGCGUCAUGCACGCGACCUCGCCCAAAUUCAGCAUCCUCGCCUCUGGCUCAGACUCGUCCUCAAACGGGACAACCGCAACGGGCACAUCGCCCACGGUCACGAUCUCCGGCGCACCAAACCCCACAGCCCACUUCGCGACGACGUUCCCUGCCAUAAGCGCCGCACUGCCACUGCUCAGUGCACCGCACUUUGCACCGUUGUUGGCUGCGGCGACUACGGUGUUGGUCGGUGCUUGGACGUUGUUGUCCGCAUGA